AUGAGCAGAGUUCAAGAAGGAGCCAAUGGAACAGAACUUAUGACACAAAUAGAAGCAGGAAAAAAACGAGAAACAGUGCAGCAGCAGUUUCAGAACGGAAAACGUAUACGGUCGGAUACAGUGAUGGAAGAUGGAGAAGCAAAACGCAGAAGAUUUGAAGAGAUAAAUGGAGAAGAAGAAGAAGAAGGAUAUAGUGGAGAUAUAACACAAGAAAAGACACGUUUUCUUGAAAGACAGAGUGCACGGCGUGAAAUAGUUAAAGCAAGAGAAGAAGAACGAGUUCAGGAGCAGCAGAAACGGAUUCAUGCACUGUUGGUGGCACGGCUUGAAGCACGAGUACGGCGUACACAGGCACAGACAGAACAACGGCUAAGAGAAGCCAAAGAAGUAGAUAUAUAUGGGGGUUUAUCAGAGGAUGAGAUAUCAUCAGACUCAGAUGAUGGGCUAUAUGGGGCGUUAGAGCGUCCAGCAAAGCGGGUUAAGCGAGUGGUGCAGCCAAUGGAGGAGCAGGCAAUAAUAGUUUGGCGGGAAAUGACUAAAAAAGAGAUUCCUAAGGUGUUUAAGCUAAUACAGCAAAAUAAUGUGACACGUGCAAGCAAUGUGCGGAAGACAGCGGUACUUUGUUCAAAAGAAGCACGGCGGUGGCAAUUUAGAACGCACAAAAGUAUAAAGGACAUGCAAGCACGGGCAAAACGUGCAAUGAGGGAGAUGCUUUUGUUUUGGAAGAGAAAUGAACGAGAAGAACGUGAACAACGCAAGCGUGCAGAAAAAGAGGCGCUUGAACGAGCAAAGCGUGCAGAAGAACAGAGAGAGGCUAUGCGGCAAGCACGGAAAUUGAAUUUUCUUAUUACACAAACCGAACUUUAUUCACACUUUAUCAGUCGAAAAAUAGCUAAUAACGAGGCUAAUAACGAGGGGUCACCAACAAUGGAAAAUGGGACACCUACAAUAGACCAGGAAGCACUGAAACAUAAUGACAUAGGGAAUUCAUUAGAAGCGAAUGUAUCUGAACGGCCUCUUUCAAUUAAAGAAGUGGAUUUUGAUGGAGUUGAUGAUGAAUCUCUUCGAGAAAUUGCAAUAAGAAAUGCACAAGAAGCAGUUGCAUUGGCAAGGAAUCGAGCUGAGCAAUUUAAUGCAGUUCAGACGAAUGGAGAAGUGAAGAAUGAGCAAGAUUCGUGUAAAAAUAUUUUUGAUGGGAGUGAAAUGAAUUUUAUGAAUCCUUCAUCUCUUAAAAGUAUUACUAUUAAACAGCCGAAAAUGCUCCAAUGCCAACUUAAGGAAUAUCAGCUUAAAGGGCUCAAUUGGCUUGUCAAUCUGUAUGAGCAAGGCAUUAAUGGUAUUUUAGCAGAUGAGAUGGGUUUGGGUAAAACUGUGCAAUCAAUUUCGGUUAUGGCUUAUCUUGCGGAAAACCACAAUAUAUGGGGUCCAUUUUUUGUUAUUGCGCCUGCAUCAACACUUCAUAAUUGGCAGCAAGAAAUUACUCGUUUUGUGCCUAAGUUGAAAGUUUUACCUUACUGGGGAAAUGGAAAAGAUCGAAAAAUUUUGCGUAAAUUUUGGAACAGAAAACAACUUACCUAUACAGAAGAUGCACCUUUUCAUGUUCUUGUUACAUCUUAUCAACUGGUUGUUCAAGAUGCACAAUAUUUUCAGCGAAUAAAAUGGCAAUACAUGAUUUUGGAUGAAGCGCAAGCGAUUAAAAGUUCAAGUAGCUCAAGAUGGAAGAAUUUAUUAGAUAUGAAAUGUCGGAAUCGUUUACUUUUAACGGGAACACCGAUUCAAAAUACAAUGCAAGGUAUUUCUUCUACGAUUUUUGUCCAACGUUUAACAUUAUUAGAAUUAUGGGCUUUGUUGCAUUUUAUUAUGCCAAGUUUAUUCGACUCUCAUGAUGAAUUCAGUGAAUGGUUUUCAAAAGAUAUUGAAAGUCAUGCUCAAAGCAAUACAUCUUUAAAUGAACAACAAUUACAGCGACUUCAUAUGAUUCUUAAACCUUUUAUGUUACGACGUGUCAAAAAACAUGUUCAAAGUGAACUGGGAGAAAAAAUCGAAUUAGAAAUUUAUUGUAAUCUUUCUUAUCGCCAAAAAACUUAUUACAAAACAUUACGUGAAAAAAUCUCUAUUGCAGAUAUUAUCGAAAAAGCAACACAAGGUGGUGACGAAAAUGUAGCAAGCCUUAUGAAUAUCGUUAUGCAAUUUAGAAAAGUGUGUAACCAUCCUUAUUUAUUUGAAAGAACGGAUGUCAUAUCACCUUUAUGUUUUGCACAAUGGCCUGAAACUCCUUCAUUAAUGCGUGAAGGACCGAAUCUUUAUAUACCAUAUAGUUUGAAAAGUUUAAUUAGAUUCAAAAUACCAAAACUUCUUUAUCGUGAUGGUGGUAUUUUAAACAUUCCUGGACCAAAUUCGUCUUUUGGAUUUCGUACUAAAUAUUUCAAUUAUAUAAUGAAUAUAUUUAAUGCAAAAUAUAUUUAUGAUUCUUUAUGGAAAAAUUAUUAUGAUUCCCCGUUUUUAUGGUCAUAUUUUAUCGGACUUUCGCCUUCUGAACUUGUUCAAUCGUUUCAUCAUAAUAUAUGGAAAAGAGCGCUUCAUAUUCAAACAGAUCCGAAUAAAAAUUAUUUGGAAAAAUUACGUAUACUGUAUCAAAAAGAUAUUCAAAUAUCUAAUCGUUUAAUGUUUUUAAUAAGAAAGUUUAAUGAAAAUACACCAUCAUUAAAUAUGACAAACGAAUGUGCUAUGUAUAAUUUAUGCAAUGUACCUCGCGACGUUGUUAUUCAACAAUUACUUCAUCGACUAGAACCAAUGUAUGAUCAAGAGGUUUCUUCUCCUCCUAUUAGUGCUGAAUGCACAGACAGAGCUUUUACUGUUGAGCAGGAGCUGUUUUUUUUUGAUGAAAAUAUUAGAAAAGAAUUUCUUGGGCUUAGUGCAUUUGAUGAGAAAAAUAUUCUUGAUGAGAACAUAAAUUUGGAUUUUAUUAAGUUUCCUGUAGAAAGUACAUUAGGGAGGCCAUUACUUGAAAAAUGCGGAUUUGGGAAACUUAGAAUGCCUUCUAUGGGUAGAUUUGUUACUGAUUCAGGAAAACUUGCAAAAUUAGAUGAGCUUUUAGCUACUUUAAAGGCAGGUGGACAUCGUGUUCUUAUAUAUUUUCAAAUGACUAAAAUGAUUGAUUUAAUGGAAGAAUAUUUAACAUAUAGACAAUACAAAUAUCUUCGUUUAGAUGGAUCAUCUAAAAUUAAUGAUAGAAGGGAUAUGGUAAAUGAUUGGCAAACACGACCGGAAAUAUUUGUAUUUCUUCUCAGUACUCGUGCAGGUGGUCUUGGUAUUAAUUUAACUGCGGCCGAUACUGUAAUAUUUUAUGAUUCUGAUUGGAAUCCUAGUUCAGAUGCUCAAGCUACUGAUAGAGCACACCGUAUUGGUCAAAUGAAACAGGUUACAGUAUACAGAUUUGUUACAAGAGGAACUAUUGAAGAACGCAUUUUAGAGAGAGCAAAACAGAAACAACAAGUGCAAAAUAUUGUUAUCUCGGGAGGAAAAUCAGUAGAGUUUGGUAAAAAUCAUAGAGAAGUUGUUUCCUGGCUUCUCAAUGAUAAUGAAUUAAAGAAAAUUCAAGAACGCCAAAAUCAAAAAGAUAAAUUAAAUACAUCGCAAAAAGGUAAUUCCAAAAAAAGUAUAGGAAAUCAAAUAAAUCAAUCACUAAAUGAUGUUAAUUCUGACCUUGAUACUACAAACAAUCAGAUGCUAAAGAUAAACGAUUUAUAUCAUCAAAAUGAAGAAAAUUUUGAUUCUCUUAACUCAAUUCAACCUGUUUUUAAAAAAUACAGCAAAGGAAAAAAAGCAUAA